ACCAAGGUAGUGAUGAUGCGAGCAUCCUUCUUGGCAACGGGAAUGGCUCGUUUGCAAAUCAAACACGUUAUUCAGUUGGCUUUGUUCCAUACUCUGUAGCUAUUGGUGAUUUCAAUAACGACACUCGACUAGACAUAGUAGUCGCCAACUGGCUUAGCAAUGAUGUGAGCAUCCUUCUUGGCAACGGGAAUGGCUCGUUUGCAGAUCAAACAAGGUAUUCAGCUGGUUCUGGUCCAUCCUCUGUAGCUAUUGGUGAUUUGAACAACGACACUCAACUGGACAUAUUAGUCGCCAACUGGGCUAGCAAUGAUGUGAGCAUCCUUCUUGGCAAUGGGAAUGGCUCGUUUGCAAAUCAAACACGUUAUUCAGCUGGUUCUGGUCCAUCCUCUGUAGCUAUUGGUGAUUUCAACAACGACACUCGACUAGACAUAGUUGUCGCCAACGCGCGUACCAAUGAUGUGAGUGUACUGCUUCAAAGUAUUGGAAAGCUCGCGUAUGAAAGAAGUUAUGCAUCCGGUGGUGGAUCUAGUCUGCAAUACGUUAUGGUGGUUGAUUGGAAUAAUGACCGCAACUUGGAUAUCGUCUUGAGCAAUUAUGGCACUAACAAUCUCGCCUUUCUUGGUGGAUAUGGAAAUGGCAGUUUCAAAAACCAAACAAUACUUAACACAGGCGUAAAUUCGCAUCCGAGUUUGACUGCUAUUGACGACUUCGAUGGUGAUGGUAUAGUAGACAUCGCUGUUUUCAAUAAUGGUACAAAGGAAAUAGGCCUAAUGCUUGGAUGUGAGAACGGCAUAUUUGCGAGUUUAACAAGUACAAAAACUAGUUUUGAUUCAAAUCCGCUGGCUAUGAUUUCUAGCAAAUUUAGCAAUGAAAAACGGUCAAAAAUCGGACUAUUCACAUAUUAUAUCGUUGUGUCCAAUUUCAACACUCAUACACUACUAUUUAUAUUGAUUCGCCAUGGUUCUCAACUCUGCCCGCACGGUCGUUGGCCGCUUGUUGAGUGA